AUGUCGGAUACCGAGUCGGAACAGCACACCGCUCGGCUUGAGCCCGAGCUACGCGAGAUGAAGUUGGGGGCCGCCCACUCGGAAGGAGCAGGUGAGGGUGAUGGCGCAAGUGAGGUAAAGGUCGAGGACGAGGCUUUUCUUGACCGCGUGCCCGCCUCCCUCGCCAUACCGCCCAGGCUUAAGUCGCGCUCAAAGUCCCAGUCGCCCCGCGUCAAACACGACUCGGAAGCCCCAUCGCCCGGCAGCGCCCAUGAAGAGACGUUGGCGGGAGAUAUCACCCUGAAGAUGGAGCCCGGCAAGCCACCCAAGCUCUCGCGCACCGCCUCCCAAAAAGUCGUCACACGCUCGCCGCCGCUAUACCUCGACCUCCCCGACUCUACCGAAGCCGCCAAAGAGACUUUUGUCGUCCUCCCAGAAUGCACCUACGCGAACAAGACGAUUGGAACCACAGACCCUGCCCUGGAAUGCGACUGCCAAGAAGAAUACGACUCGGCCACCAAGACCAACCAUGCCUGUGAUGAGGACUCCGACUGCAUCAACCGCGCGACAAAAAUGGAAUGUGUGGGCGACUGCAGCUGCGGUAGGACGUGUCAGAACCAGCGCUUCCAACGGAAACAGUAUGCCGACGUCACCGUCAUCAAGACGGAGAAGAAGGGCUUUGGCCUGCGUGCCAAUAAAAACAUGGUGCCAGGAGACUUUGUCUUUGAGUACAUUGGUGAAGUCAUCGACGAGCGCACCUUCCGUCGCCGCAUGGGUCAGUACGACGAGGAAGGAAUAAAGCACUUUUACUUCAUGUCCCUCACCAAGGGCGAAUUUGUAGAUGCCACAAAGAAGGGCAACCUAGGACGUUUCUGCAAUCACUCGUGUAACCCCAACUGUUUCGUCGACAAAUGGGUCGUUGGGGAUAAGCUGCGUAUGGGCAUCUUUGUCGAGCGCAACGUGAGGGCAGGUGAGGAACUUGUCUUCAACUACAAUGUUGACCGCUACGGCGCUGAUCCACAACCUUGCUACUGCGGUGAGCCCAACUGCAGUGGUUUCAUCGGCGGAAAGACCCAAUCUGAUAAUGCGACUAAACUCUCUGGUGCUACCAUCGAGGCGCUCGGUAUCGAUGAUGGCGCUGGCUGGGACACUGCCGUUGCCAAGAAACCCCGUAAGAAGAAGGCCAGCGAAGACGACGAGGAGUAUGUCAACGACUUGCAGCCACGAGAGCUUGAGGAAGAUGGUGUCAAGAAGGUCAUGCCGGCUCUGCGCAACUGCACUGAGAAGUGGAUUGCUGUCAAACUGCUCAGUCGUAUGCAAACCAAUAAUGAAAGGGUUGGCCACCGCAUAGUUCAGUUUCACGGUUACAAUAUCCUGAAGACAACCUUGACUACUUGGAAAGAGGACACCAACGUCGUUCUACAGGUGCUUGACAUUCUUCACCGAUUACCGCGCAUCACCCGAAACAAGAUCCAAGACUCCAAGAUUGAAGAGGCAGUCCAGGAACUGACGCACUACGGAGAUGAGCGCGUACGGGAGUCGGCCGAAAAGCUGCUGAAGGAAUGGAGCAAGCUUGAGGUUGCAUACAGGAUACCUCGUAUGAAGAGGGACCCCAACGCUGGCACCGCAGCCCGUACUGAGAAUCAUUUUGAGCGCCGUGAGAGAGGGCGGGAGCGAUCAAGAUCGAGAUCAAAGUCACCGUCUACAAUUGCGCCCAAAGGACCAUCAGCAGCAAGCGCGCCGUCUGGUCCACGAGUGUUAAAUGCACCGCGUGGCCCAGCCGGCUUCUUUGUUCCCCCAAGACCAGUUAUGCGACCACGACCUUUCAACACUCUACCUGCUGGUUGGUUUCAAGCAUCAGCAGAAAAUGGCUCUACGUAUUUUUACAACUCCGCCGGCACCACUCAGUGGCAACGUCCGACCCAGCCUGCCAACACUCCGCCACCUCCACCAAACAAGGCCAGGGACAAUACACAGCUAUUAAAAGAUAUAAUAUCGAACAUCACCUCGAAUCCAACCGCAUCUGGACCUUCCACGUCGACGACACCUCAGCCAGUUGCCGAUGAGCAAAAGGAGAAGCCAUCUGGUAGGGACAAAUGGCGAACCCUGACUAUCGAAAAACAGGAAAAGGUGUAUGAGGCGACAAUCGCACCCUACAUCAUGUCUACCGCGAACCUCUACUCCAAGAAGCUCGAAAAGGAAGAGUUCAAGAGCCUAUGUAAAGAGGUAGCGAAAAAGGUCGUACGCGGCGACUACAAGAACGGCCCGGUCAAGGACCCCACUGCCAAAAUUCCACUCAACCACCAAAAACGCAUCAAAAACUGCGUGCACGAAUACAUGAACAAGGCAGUCAAAACCGCCGAAGAGCGGAGAAAGAUGAAAGCCUCACGAAGCAGCUCUUCUCGAGCGACUUCAAAAGACGCAACGACACCAAAUACCCCACAAUACCCUCCCAAAGACCACGACCACUCCCAUCAAAACUCCGGCUCCUCGACCCCAAAAGCAACCAACACAACCUUCUCCACAGACUCAUCCCAUGACCUCAAACGCAAGCGCUCCUCAGACAACACCACCGACGCCUCCUCCACUAGUGCAUCAACCACACACUCGACUUCCUCACCCAAGCGUACACGCACGGCUUCUGAAACACUUCCUUCUGCGCCGCCGCCGCCGCCGCCGCCGCCUCCACCAGAGACUACGGAUACCGAAGAAGCCAGUCUCACGCCCAUGUAUGACAGCCCGGGUACAAUGUCAAAAGCUGUGGCGUUCCAACAGCCAGACGGCUAUGGUAGUCCCAUGCAGCUUGCUACGCCGCCUACGAAUGGCAACAUCCAUAGUGGUGGAGGAGGUGGCGGGUCGAGAGCUUGA